AUGGUCUCUUUCUCAAGCCUCUUUGUGGCUGCCUGUGCUGCUGUGACUGCCUUUGCGCUUCCCAGCGAGUUGGAAAAGCGAGCGAUCACCACGAGCCAGCAAGGGACUAGCAAUGGCUACUUCUAUUCUUUCUGGACCAAUGGAGGGGGAAGUGUCUCCUACAACAACGGUGCUUCAGGUGAAUACAGUGUCAGCUGGUCCAACUGUGGAUCUUUCACCUCUGGCAAGGGUUGGGCUACCGGAAGCUCCCGAAACAUCAACUUUUCCGGCUCUUUCAAGCCAUCUGGAAAUGCUUACCUCGCUGUCUACGGGUGGACUACUAGCCCCCUCGUUGAAUAUUACAUCAUGGAAAACUAUGGCGACUACAACCCCGGCAGAAGCAUGACCUUUAAGGGAACCGUGACCAGUGAUGGAUCUGUCUACGAUAUCUACACCCACCAGCAGGUGAACCAACCCUCAAUCUCAGGAACUGCGACCUUCGAACAGUAUUGGUCCAUCCGCCGGACCAAGCGCUCCAGCGGAACAGUUACCACUGCCAACCACUUCAAGGCUUGGGCCUCACACGGAAUGUAUCUUGGCUCGCACAACUACCAGAUUGUCAGCACUGAGGGAUACCAGAGCAGUGGGUCCUCCGACAUCACUGUCUCUUAA